AUGCCGAAUCCGCUCCUGUUCGUCGGCAAGGGCGCGGCGCUGACGGCGGCGGCCCGAGCGGCUGAUAAGGCGAACGAAGGCGGCGGAGCAUUCCAGCGGCUGGGCGAGGGCCGCGGCGCGGCAAUCCGGCUCGCGUGGCCGGCGGAGGCGCUGCACACCGUGCCGCACGAGAGGCGGGCGGCGGCGGGCGACGCGGACGACCCGUUCGCGCACGGCCGUCCGAUCACCAAGAGGGCGAGGCGCGCGGCGGGCGAGCUGCGCGCCGUGCAGCACCAGGAACGUGCGGAGGCGCCCAGAGAGGCGGAGCUGGCGGCGGCAGAGGAGCGGACGGCGGAGCAGGCGGCGCUGCUGGCGCCGCUCGCGGCGACGGACACCACGGCGCGCCUGGCGAAGCGGAGGCGGAGCGCCCUCGUGGCGGCGGUGCUGCAUCAACCCAUUGCGGAGCCGGCGGGCCGGGCGGCUCAGAUGCUCGCGCCGCUCGGCGAGCACUUGAAGAGGCAGUGCGACGAGCUCGACACCAAGUCGCCGCCGGCGCACAGCUGCGGCAAGAAAAACCGGAACGACGUGCUCUUGCUGCACCUCGCAGCUGCACCGAGUGUGCUCGCAGUGUAUGCCACGGCCACCGCCUGCGGCAUUGCUCUCGUGCAGCUAGGCGACGCAGGUCCAUCAGCAGGGCUCAUCCAAUGCGAGCGCACAUUUCAAGCCAGCGGCGCAGCGAGGCGCGCAGAAUUUGCGUGGUUUUGUUCCUCCUGA